AUGCUCCCGCUCAAGCGUCCUGCUAAGGUCAACCUUGAGGAUAGCCAAGGAAAGAAGAGAAGUUUCACCACCACGGACGACAUCAUCACCGUCGUUGUUGGGCCGAACAAUGUGGCACACCUGGUGCACGAGAGCGUUCUGUGUAAGAGCAUCUUCUUCAACAAGUGUCUACACGCGGGGAUGCGCGAGGAGGAGGAAAAAUCCAUCACCUUGCCAGAAGACGACCCGGAGGACUUUGCCUUGAUCGUCGAGUGGCUGUACUCGGGCCGGCUGCCCCAAGAUCCCAAGUGGCGGGACAUGAUACGCGCGUACAACGCCGCCGUCAAGUUCCUCAUGUACGACCUGCAGAAUGCCGUGGUCGACUGGUUCCGCGUCGAGCUGUCGCCGUUGACCCUCGACGCCGACGUCGUCAUGCACAUCUGGGACAACACGCCUGAGGGGUGCGAGCUGCGCCGGUUGCUGCUCGACACGCUGUUCCAUGAGAUCUUGAAGACACCGAUGAAAUUCAAAUCGGCCCGCGAUGCCGACGGCGACGACGACGGCCAGAGGGACAUUGUGAGGGACCGCCCCGUCCCUGCCCGCACCGACCAAGACGGCACGUCGGUGGCCGUGAUGGACCGGGUCAUGAACAGCCCGCAGCUGCGGUUGGAAAUGUUCUGGCGCUUUGCCGACCCAGUCGACCGUCCGCCGCCAGAGUAUUUCAAGAUCGGAGGUUGCGUCUACCAUGUCCAUGAAGGUCGGCAGAAGUGCGAGAGAGACGACCCCGAGGACACGACGGGACCUGAUCAACCUUAG